AUGGCCACUGCUGUUCUACCAAAUGAUAAUUUUUAUCCAAAUACCGAUGAUAAGUCUCUGGAAAUAUUCUCACUUAUAUGGCUCGAUGAGAAUGCAAACGUCAAAGAAACUCGAGGCACCGAACAAAAAUUACGUUCUAUUAUUAAUCAUAUCAAGAAAUUUCAAGAUGUAAGACAAUUUCAACAAUAUAUCGAACAAAGAUCAGAGCGAGAUCGAUUAGCAAUUAUUGUUAGUGGUCGAUUAGGACGAGAAAUAGUACCCCUCUAUCAUCAACUUCGACAAGUUAUAUCAAUUUAUGUUUACUGCAUGGAUAAGGAGAAUCAUGAACAAUGGGCUCUAAAAUUUGCAAAGGUGAAAUCUGUUGUUGUCGAUCUUGAUGAACUUGUCUAUCAAAUUACAACAGAUCAUAAAAUUCAGAAAAAGAUAGAAGAGCCAUUAUCAAUCAAUAUUUUCAGUACAAGUGUUGAUGCAGGAAAGUCAACAACAGGAGUUAAUGGGCAAUUUGUUUUUUCUCAAAUUCUUUUUGAUUGUCUUCUGCGAUUAAAAUCAACUGAAAUAGACAAAAAUGAACUUAUUAAUCUUUGUGAGAAUGAAUAUGAAGGAAAUUAUAUCGAACUAAACAAUCUUCAUGAAUUUCAACAACAUUAUUCACCUGAUAAAGUGUUAUGGUGGUACACAAAAGAGUCAUUCUUCUACAAAAUUCUUAAUGCAGCUUUACGUACACAAGAUAUUCAUAGAAUCUUUUUAUUUCGUGCAUUUAUUUAUGAUAUUUAUUGUCAAUUGUAUAAAUCUCAAUCUAAGCGUCGUUUGCAAGUUUAUCGAAGUCAACUAAUGUCGAUCGAUGAGUUAGAUGGUCUUAAAAAUAAUAUUGGUCAAUUCAUCUCUAUAAAUUCAAUGUUUUCCACUAGUAAACAACGCACAACAGCUCUCUUCUAUUUGGGUGAUAUAACUACACAAAUUGAUUUAGAACGAGUAUUAUUUGAAAUUGAUGCUGAUCCUAAGAUCGUCACUACAAAACCAUUUGCUGAUAUUAGUGAACAUAGUCAUUUUCCAAGUGAAUCAGAAGUGCUCUUUAUGAUUGGUUCCAUUUUUCGUCUUGAUAAUAUUAAUCUUAAUGAUGAUCAAAUAUGGAUCAUUAAAAUGACUUUAUGUAAUGAUGAUGAACAUAAUUUAAAACAAGUUCUUAUGCAUAUGAAACAACAAAUUGAAAAUGAGGAAACAAAUCUUCGAACAUUAGGAAAACUAUUGUGGAAAACGGGUAAACUGGAUUUGGCUGAAAAAUAUUUUACUCGUUCGUUGAAACAACUUCCAUCAAAUGAUCCAUUACAUAUCAGUUUAUAUGAAGAUCUUGGCGAAUUGGCAUCACAGAGAGGUGAUUAUGAUAUGAGUAUAAAAUGGCGUCAAAAAUUACUUACAUUCAAAAAGGAAAACCCAUUAGCAACCAAUGUCAGUGUUAAUAAUACAAAAAAUUCCAUCGGAUGUAAAAACUAUAUUGAAAAAACAUCAGAAAAUGAUCGAUUAGUUCUUGUUACUAACGGUAAAUUCGGUCAACAAAUUAUUCCUUCAAUUCAUCAAUUAAGACAAAUUUCAUCAAUUUAUAUCAAUUCAGAAGAUACACAAUGGUCAAAUGAUUUUCCCAAGGUAAAAGGUAGUCAUGUUAAAAUGGAUGAACUGGUUUCACAAAUUCGUAAAGAUCAUAAAAAUCCUCGAAAAAUGGAAGAACCUGUAUGGAUAAAUAUGUUUACCACAUUAAGUGAUGCAGGAAAAUCAACAACAGCAAUCAAUGGUCAAUUUGCAUUUUUUCAAGUAUUACUUGAUUGUCUUCUUCGAUUAAAAUCAAAUGAAAAUGAUCGAAAUGAAUUGAUUUCAUAUUGUAAAAAACAAUAUGAAGGAAACCAAAAUGAAUUAAAUCAUCUUCAUGAAUUUCAGAGCAGUUAUUCGCCGGAUUAUGUUUUAUGGUGGUACACACGUGAAUCUUUCUUUUAUAAAACAUUAAAUGAGGCUUUAAGAAAAGAAAACAUUCAUAUGAUUUAUUUAUAUCGUUCAUUUAUUAUUGAUAUACAAAAUCAAUUAGAAAAUCAUCAAUGUCAAUGUGCUACGCGUGUUUAUCGAAGUCAAUUAAUGUCAAUUGAUGAAUUAAAUUAUCUUAAAAAUAGUAUUGGACAAUAUGUUUCAGUUAAUUCAUUUCUGUCGACGAGUUUUCAAAAAGAAAUUGCUACUUUUUAUCUCGGUGAUACAAAUUAUCGAUGGAACGAUUUUGAAAAAGUUUUGUUUGAAAUUGAUGCUGAUCCAAAAGUUGUUACAACAAAACCAUUUGCUGAUAUUAGUCAAUUUAGUGAUUUUAUUGUUGAAUCAGAAGUUCUUUUUAUGCUUGGAUCGAUAUUUCGUUUGAAUUCAAUUACUCGUGAUAAUCAAAAUUCAUUUUGGAUUAUUCAAAUGUGUUUAUGUAGUGAUGAUGAACAUAAUUUAAAACAAAUUCUUAUAGAUAUGAAAAAUGAAAUUGGAAAUGGUGAAACAAAUCUUUGUAUUUUAGGAAAAGUUGUACGAAGAAUGGGACAUCUCGAUUUAGCGAAGAAAUAUUAUUAUCGUUGUUUAGAUGAACUUUCACAAAAUGAUCCUUUAGUUCUUACUGUUUAUAAAGAUUUGGCUAAAAUUGCUUUUCAACAAAAAGAUUAUGAAGAACAUCUUCGGUUGAGACGCAUUUCAGCGAGAAUCAAAGAUGAAAUACAAUUAAAUGAUAAUGAGAUUCAGACAAGUGAAAUAAAUAAAUUAACCGAUAAUGGUAAAACAAACAUCAAAGAGAAAAAUUCAUUAGCUACCAGUGCUAGUAUUAUUAAAACAAUCGGUUCUAUUGGUCAGUUUAUUCGUAAAAAACUAUUCGCAUUCAGAAAGCCACAUCAACUAACUGUCAAUUCCAAUAUUAAUAAAGCAAACUAUCCCAUCGACCAAACAAUUUUUGUCAAUCACAUUAAUAUCAACACAAAAUGGAAACAACUUGGAAUUACUGUUGCUGGAGGAAAUGGAGAAGGGCAGGAAUUAUAUCAACUCUCUCAUCCUCAAGGUAUCUAUGUUGAUGAUGAUCAUCAAACUAUUUAUAUUGCUGAUUAUGAUAAUCAUCGUAUUGUUGAAUGGAAAUAUGGAGCAAAGAAUGGUCAAGUUGUUGCAGGUGGAAAUGAAAAAGGAAAUCGAAGUGAUCAAUUGAAUUAUCCAACAUAUGUGAUUAUUGAUAAAAAGACUAAUUCUCUUAUCAUUUGUGAUUAUGGAAACAAGCGAGUGGUACGAUGGUCUUGUCAAAAUGGUAGAAAUGGUGAAACAAUCAUUUCUAAUAUUGAUUGCUGUCGUUUAGCAAUCGAUAAAGAUGGACAUCUUUAUGUCUCUGAUUGGAAAAAGAAUGAAGUGAGACGAUGGAAACAAGGAGUGAAAAAAGGAACAAAAGUAGCAGGCGGAAAUGGACAAGGAAAUCAUCUUAAUCAGCUCCAUUAUCCUACUUAUAUCUUCGUUGAUGAAGAUCGUUCAGUUUAUGUAUCGGAUUAUGAGAAUCAUCGUGUGAUGAAAUGGAUGAAAGGUGCAAAAGAAGGUAUUGUUGUUGCUGGUGGAAAAGGUGGAGGGAAUAGUUUGACACAAUUGUCUUGUCCUCAAGGAGUGGUUGUUGAUCAUUUGGGUAAUGUUUAUGUGGCUGAUAUGUGGAAUAAUCGAAUAAUGCGUUGGUGUAAAGGAUCUGGCGAAGGUAGUAUUAUUGUUGGCAGAAAUAGAGAAGGAAAUGGACCAAAUCAAUUCAAUCAUCCCAGAGGUUUAUCAUUCGAUGUAGAAGGUAAUCUCUAUGUUGUCGAUUAUGUCAAUCAUCGAAUACAAAAAUUUGAUAUUGAUUCAAAAUUCAACUUAUUUGAAGAUCUUGGUGAACUCGCAUCACAUAUGAGUGAUAAUGAUAUGAGUAUACAAUGUCGUCAAAAUUCACUCGUAUCCAAAGAUCAAAAUCAAUUAACUACCGAUUCUAAUAUUGGUGAAGCAAACAAGUCGACUGGUAAGUUCAUUGAAAGAUAA